GAAAAGUAUGGAAAGAAAAAAAUCAGAAUUAUAGUGAAAAUUAGAAUGGAUGAGGAUGAUGGAUUUGAGGAUGCAGGGACAGGGACACCUUUGUCUGCGAUAGCUGAGGCAUUUGAGGAGCUUUCAUCAAACCAUGAUCUUAUGCUCAAGCCUUUUUGUCAUGCUUGUUCCCUUCUUUCUGUCCUCUUCGGGUCUCUAGGGAUCGCUUUUAAAUUUGCUGAGCUUGAAUAUGUUUCAAAGGUGCGUGAUCUUACAGAAGCAUCAGAAAUAUUUGGCAGUUUGAACAGUAUCCUUGAUUAUGAUGUUAGAAAUGAUACAGUAAGAACACCAGGAAGCCUUUCACGCAAUUUACGCAGAGUUCGUCAGGGUCUAGACCUAAUAAGGGCUUUGUUUCAGAAUUUCAUUUCAACCUAUGACGACUCGCUAAAAGAAGCUGCUUCAAUGGCGUAUGCAAAAGUUUGUGCACCUUAUCAUACAUGGGCUGUCAGAACUGCUGUAUCUGCUGGCAUGUGUGCUCUUCCAACAAGGGACCAGCUUCUUAUCAAGUUAAAUGAGACUGAUGAUUCAGCGGAGAGAGAAAUGAGAAGAUACAUUGAUGCUUCACUUCCGAUCAUUGAAUACAUUGACAAACUGUAUAUUUCAAGGAAUGUAAGCUUGGACUGGUGAUCUCUUCACGUUUGCUUGCGAAGUAAACAACAAAGAGAAAAAUUAAUUCUCAUUGCCACACGACAUGUAUGCAUCUACUGAUGGGAGUAUCGACUCUCUGUCUCAGAAAAUUAAAUUUAUGCUUUAGGUUUGAAAUUUGUACCAAAAGUAGUUUUAGUAAAUACAUCGACUCCUUAUUAUCAAGAUUUAAUGAAAAACAAAUUAGUACGUA